AUGGCGGGCGAGAAGGGGCUGGUGCUGCUGGACUUCUGGGUGAGCCCGUUCGGGCAGCGCGUCCGCAUCGCGCUGGCCGAGAAGGGCCUGCCCUACGAGUACGUGGAGGAGGACCUGAUGGCCGGCAAGAGCGACCGCCUCCUCCGCUCCAACCCGGUGCACAAGAAGAUCCCGGUGCUCCUCCACGACGGCCGCCCCGUCAACGAGUCCCUCAUCAUCCUCCAGUACCUCGAGGACGCCUUCCCGGACGCCCCGGCCCUCCUCCCCUCCGACCCCUACGCGCGCGCGCAGGCCCGCUUCUGGGCCGACUACGUCGACAAGAAGGUCUACGACUGCGGCUCCCGGCUCUGGAAGCUCAAGGGCGAGCCGCAGGCGCAGGCGCGCGCCGAGAUGCUGGAGAUCCUCAAGACCCUCGACGGCGCGCUCGGGGACAAGCCCUUCUUCGGCGGCGACAAGUUCGGGUUAGUGGACGCCGCCUUCGCGCCCUUCACCGCGUGGUUCCACAGCUACGAGAGGUACGGCGAGUUCAUACGGCAUCGAGUAGGGCGCGCGGGCGGGCGGGCGGCCAUGCAGGCGACAGCCGGCCGGCCGUCCGGAGGGAAGGAACAAAUAAAUCAUGGAGCGAUUUGGGUGGCCUACAAUGCGUACGUCUGGAUAUUUGUUUCUUUCUUCGUGGAAUAA